CCCUGCAACAGCUUCACUUACCUGAAUGAUUCAUGGAGAGCCACCAACAAUCAAUAUCCCUCUCAAAUAAUGUGUGACUGUGAGGUCAGCUGGGACGGCUGGUACCGACUCAUUUUUGAUGGUCAGAGCGUUCAGAUGCCAGACACAUGUGUUGAUCAGGACAGCUGUGGCACUCAUGCUCCUCUGUGGCUGAAGGGAGGACAUCCAACAGUUAAGGAUGGAGUGGUCACUCGAGAUGUCUGCGGUCACUAUGACAAUAACUGCUGCGCUUUUCAGUCCAAUCCCAUUAAAGUCAAAGCCUGUCCAGGAGAUUAUUAUGUCUAUGAGUUUGUGAAACCCUCUUUCUGCUAUUUGGCUUACUGUGCAGAUGUAAGGAAACUCAACAUCACCUAUACCAUCUCAACCUCAGCUAUAGAAAUGACAUCCGUCUCUAUUACGACUGAUUAG